CCAAUUAGUUUAUGUCACUACGCAACUGCGCAUAGUCCGUCCGUUCGUCCUCUAAAAAAAUGGCCGUUCUGAGUGUUUUGCGGGCCGUGGGGUCCCGCGGUUCAAUAUUAUUCAGGAAGCCUGCCGCCAACGCAGGACAACUAUGCGCAGUCAGGCGAAUGUCCGAGCACAUGCGCAUCAGACCUUCGAGCUUCACCUGGAACCUGUUCAAGGAUCACCUGCACUUCUACUUCCUGCUGGGUGUCAUUCCGAUUGGCACAUUCAUCUUCCUCGUGAACGUGUUCAUUGGGCCGCCACAGCUGGCCGACAUCCCGGAAGGUUAUGAGCCAAAGUACUGGGAGUACUACAACCACCCGAUCAAGCAGUGGAUUGCGAGGUACAUAGGCCACAGCCCUCAAGAAAUCUAUGAGAAGAAGAUGUACCUCCUCCAGGUUGAGUAUGAAAAGGCCCAGCUUAGGAUGGUAGAGGAGAAAGUGAAGGACCUGAUGGAUGAGCGUGGUGACUACCAGGCAUGGUACUACGUCCCUUACGACAGCAAGUACACCAAGUUCUACAAGGAGAAGCAAGAAGAGCUGGACUUCUCCUCCAAGACCAUAUGAUUGUCGUCCUUGGCGUGUCUGGGAGAAACGACAGUUUGUACAGUAGAGAUAAUAAAUACCCUAAAAGAAAUGUC